CCUGACAUCCAUCUCAUUGGAAGAAACCCGACAACCGUGUGAACACACCAACCGAACCUUACGCCAACCUGUCGACGUCGUAAUUACUAACCCUAGCAUCAGCAUCCCGUCCGUUUCGGCAUCGCGCCCUCCGGCCCGAACUUCGUUUCCGCUCAGGGGACCUCAACCCCCUUUACGCCAAUUAGCACACGAUGGUCGUCUACUCAUUCUACAUCUUUGACCGGCACACGGAAUGCAUCUAUUACAAGUCGUGGGUUCCCCCAGCCCAGUUCCAUGAGGACUCGACGGCGGCCAACGCGUCCCGGUCGGCCAACGCCGCCGCCAACGACGCCAAGCUCAUCUUCGGCACCGUCUUUUCACUCCGCAACAUGGUGCGGAAGCUGGGCGGCGACGACGACGCCUUUGUCAGCUACCGCACCGCCCACUACAAGCUGCACUACUACGAGACGGCGAGCAACCUGCGCCUGGUAAUGCUGACCGACACGGCCACGCUGAGCAUGCGCAACGUGCUGCACCAGAUCUACAUCAAUCUCUGGGUUGAGUAUGUCGUCAAGAACCCGCUUUCGCCUGUCGAGCACAAGGGUGGUCGGGGCGUAAGGAACGAGCUAUUCGAGCUGGGCCUGGAUCAGUUCAUUAGGGGCCUGGCAUGAGAGUCGGUAUAUCCGUACGCCGACGGACGGCACCCGGACCAUCAGUCACUAGUGGAGAGAGAGCCCUGCUUUGUCCCUGUUGUAGCUCUGGCUACCUAGCGAGUGAGGGAAAGUCUCUCCUCACUGUUGUUAUAGAGCAGACGGCGGUUCAGUAUCACCACCACCGGGGUCAUGGCUUAAAAGCGGCGCCUUUUCAAAGAGGACCGCAGAGCAGAAGUACAGCAACUCAGCCCACCACUGGGCUUUGGUCUGUUGGAAUAUUAGGGGAUGGGAAUCCUGCUAUCAAGCAGGCGAGGCCGGGAAACUGAGAUCUAAUAACACAUAGAUACCCGAAAUUGAUACAUGUGUCAGUUAGCUGAACCCGCAGAGGGCAUUCCAACUCAAGUAAUAUCUAUUGACUGU